AUGUCAAGUCCAAUCAAAAACUUCAGUCCGAUGCGCCGAAAUUCGAAAAGUCCUGGUCGGAUGUCUCAGAAACCUGCGCAUACUUUAUCAGAUGAAGAAUUACGGGCUAGUUUAAUCACAGUUGGCGUAAACGUGGGACCAAUAACCGCUACAACUCGUACCGUCUAUGAAAAACAACUUGAGAAAAAACUCAAAGACAACAAGUCUUCAGGAGGUUUCAGUCACUCAUCGGAUGAUCUCACAAAUGUUUGCGAUAGACGGAAACUUCCGACACCACCUCGCCCGACCAUGGUUCCUCGCUCUCGACCUUCUUAUUCCAUUUCUUCCUCUUCAUACACACCAAGAUCUGUGAACGACCACAAUGAUUUUUUGGAAAGAACUCAUUUAUCCUCAAACUACCGGGGGGCACGACGUCGGCUGGAUUUCAAGGAUAGUCAAGAAGAGUUGAGUAUUUCUAAAAGAAGAAUGGUUAGCGAUUAUGAUAGUGACAGCGAUGAUGAUCAUAUGGAAAGUUCACGCAUAGUUACUCCGAGCCCAGCUCUAAUACCAGGUACACAAAAGCCAUUCUCAAUGCUUUCGGCAUUGAACAAGUGUCUUAAGAUGUGGGCAUCGUUUAUUCUUCCGCGCAAGUCUUUCCCGAAGUCGGCCAAAUCUUCACACUCAUUUCAUGAGAGAUAUCCAUAUACCUUCCGAGAAGCUGCACUACCACGUAGCACUUUAUUGGGUUUUGACAUAUCACGAGUACUGUUAUUGUCCCUUGUAUAUCUCUUUGGUUUUUUACUUAUUGCUUAUCUGGCAACUGCAAACUCGGGUGCUUUGAUUCACAGCGGUCGUAUCGCUUACGUUGCUGCAAAGGACACCGCAUUUUUCUUGUACACAUAUGCGAUUCUCCCGUUACUUACGUUAGUUGUAGUAUGUGGAAUGGUGUUUGGUAUUUAUAUGUUACGACUCUAUCAGACGAAGAAGAAAGUUGAAGAUAAACAACGUAUCUUUGACCUUAUUGAGAAAAUUACUGAUAUUAUUCGCGAUGCGAACGAACAGGGUCAGAUUUACGUUGCCGAACCUCAUGUGCGAGAUAUGCUUCUUCCGCCAUCUAAGAGAAUGUACAAUAGUCCGGAGUGGCGCCGAUGGCAGGAAGCGGUUAAAUUUAUCAAUUUGAAUGAAUCACGAGUAAGCACGGAAACUCGAAUUAUCAAUGGUGUGGAGUGCUCUGUAUGGCGAUGGAUCCCUGCCAAAAAAAAUGGUUGGCAGGGUAGUGCUUUUGAUGGGAGCAUGCGACGCAAUAUGUUAGACCAGGCGCCAUCGCAUUGUCUGAAGCUACGCGGAAUGUUUUCUUCAGCUAAAGAUUGUGAAGCAAAAUAUAUGGAUCUGAAAGAAGCUUUGCUACAGAAAAUAGCCCCAAUUAAUCCAUUACAUGUUUAUGUGGAGAAGGAUUCUAAGGAGGGCGUGAUGUUUGCUCGUUUCGCUUCAUUAACCGAUUGCAGUUGUGCUUUUAAAUCAUUACACGGAACUUGGUUCAACGGAAGAGCUCGAGGUGAUACGACUGAGGAUUUUUAG